CGCUACCUGAAACACCAACCAAUCCCACGACACGCCAGCCAGCGCCACCAGCGCCUUCGACAACGACAUCUUUCUCAUUUCCCUCAAAGUUUUUCCAUCUUACUUGACAUAACCGCUUGCAACUGACCAUGUAAAUCCCGUUAAUUUGGUCCCGCAAUAUCUUUUUCUUCCGAGGAAAAAAAUACAACAUAAUGUGGAUUCGAGAUGCAGACGUUUUUGACCACUUUUGACAGCCUGACAAUUCACCUAAAAAAAAAACUCUUUGUCAUACUUCUGCGGAACCAAUACUAGUGUCAAAAUUAAAAAGAAAAUUUCAAACAAUAUUUGAAAAUUAACUUGUGACUAAUUUUUUGAAAAAAUGUGAAAGCAUUUAAUAACUGAAUUUCAUGAAUUCCAUCAAAUUUAAACUCAUAUGUGUUUCGAACAACAAACAAUAAUUGCUUACGUACAUUACGUAUCACUAUUCGCACCAAACAUGCAUUUAAUACCUCCGCGAACCUGGCCGAUUAAUUUUGGAUUUCCUACCACACAAUUCGUCGAGCUCAAGGAUCGAAAUUAACGCUUAUCGGGAGUUAAUUUCUUGACUGAAGAGUAAAAAAUAAAAAUCUGUAUGAAAUGUGAAAUUGUCCGAUUUUUUUUCAUUUUUAAGAUAUAACACGUAUAACCGAAUCAUCUGUGUAUAUUCUUUUCAUUUUCCCGGACUUGGAGCCAUAGGUGGCACUGAUGAUCGGCCAAUAGGACAGUGGUGCCGCGAACGGUCGUCAAGAAAAAGGGGGGGGGGAGCGGAGCGAUGACAGUUCCAUCUAUGAGUGACGCCACACGGUCGGGAACGUCGGGAAGCUCGAUAUCCUCCGACUACUGGCUACCGCUGGACGAAUUCGUGUAAUUGUGAGAGAUGGAGCUGAGCGGUGAAGAAUAGCUAAAUAUCUAAAAGGUAUGUACAUUUCUGAUGAGUUGGAGGUUGAAGCAAGUUUCAACGAAUUGUGAUGUAUCCCGGGGAACUUGUUCAACACCGUGGGGACAAUGGGAUUUUCAUUUUUUGUCGUGUAAUUGAGCAAGGUGAAGCUGUCCAGUCCGUUGGUUGACUCGACAAUUAUCUUCGGAUUGUUCGAAAAGAUCUACUAAUGGCGAUGCAGACUCCGACACGGAGCAAGCAGCAGUUGCAGCAGCAACAGCAGCAGCAACCACAACAGCAGCAGCAACCUCCUCUCCCACCUCCUUCGAGGGGUCUCAAACAAGUAAAAGUUGACAAUUGGGGAACUUUCUUUCUCCAACGGUUGCAACAGCUUUAUUUUGAAGAAGAACUCCUGGAUUUAACCAUUAAAUUUCCUACCAGCGACAUUACAGUGCAGGCUCACAGACUUGUAAUCACAACUUGCACCGACUACUUUAUGCAAUUGGAGCGUCAGCAAAAAGAGAGAGAUGAAAAUUUUGAUGGAGUUUUGAUAAUGCCACCGGAUAUGCCUUACGAGUGUGUCAAAUCUAUCAUCAGCUUCAUGUAUACCGGACAAUUGGAGUAUUGGACGUCGGAACAAAAUGCCCUCUAUCGGACGGCUCAAAAAAUGAACAUGACCGUGCUGACUAAAUUGUUGGACGCUCAAUUUAACACGAGCUCGUUACAAACGAGCCCUAACACUCCGGCAAAAAUUAAUGUGCAGCCAAUAAUUGUACCGCAAAAAACAACAGCGAGUCCAAGUAAAAAAGUUGCAGCGAGUGUCAAUCAGUUGGGAACACUUCCAAGUCAACCGUUACCAGGCAGAAAGCUGCCAAUUUGGAAAAGGAAGCUGGAAAAUCAGCCGGGAUCGCACUACGAAGGUGGAAACAAUCACGGAUCGAGUCAAAAAUUAUCGGAAACAACGCCUGGUCCAUCAAGAUUUGAUCUACCGGAAGUCGACGAUUUUGCUCUCGGCGUGUUCUCCUCGUUCGACGACAUAACUUACAAUACCAAACCGAUCGUGCAGGCUCAAGAUCAUCUGGCAAAUCCAAGCGGAGGUGGAAAUCGUUCCUCAAUCGAUUCGGAGAGAUCAGGAAAGAACGAUACGACCGAGGACGAAGACGAAGAAAUGCAUCACCAUCGACACCACCAUCAGCAGCACAACAAUUCGCAGCCGUCGAGAGGAUUUGAUGACAAAUGGGAAAAUUCCGACGACGAAUGGUCCGCGGGACCGAAACCCAUACUCAGAAGUCCGGACGUUCAAUGUACUCCUUCGAAAAGAGUUCGCUUCGAGCUCGAGGAGAAGGAAAACAUGGAGAAGAGUAAGAACGACUCCAACUCCGAAGAGGCCAUCAAUAACCACGCAAAAAUUAUUCGCGAGGUACUGAAGAAGUAUCCUCACCUCGUGAAAAACAACAAAAAUAUUCGUUUGAAGAUAAUGCAGAAGGAAUCAAAAUCGUCGGAGCCAAGCGCACCCUCAAAGACCAAAGUGUCUUACGUCGUUCUAAAGUCGGAUCAUUUGAUGAGCAAUUGUGUUACGGGCGGAAGUGGCAGCGGGGGGCUCAAUGCCAUCAAUUCCGAGGAUACGAAAGCAGGAGGACCGGCAACGAGCGACGGGGCUGAAACUGGCCCAUGGAAAUGUAACAAGUGCGACAUCGAGGAGCAAUACACUAAUUAUUACAUGUACAGGCGACAUAUGCAGGACGUGCACGGUGAGAAAUUUGAUCCUCGCGUAUGCGAACAUUGCGGCUACAAAGCGACCAAGCGAAACUUCUUGAUGUAUCAUUUGUACACGAAGCACAACGUUCCACCACCCAAGAGCAUGUGCUUCCCCAAAUGCCACGCCUGCAACUACGUUGCGUUGUCCGAGACUUUGUUGGUUAGACAUCAGAUAAAUCACAAUCACAGACCAACGAGUAUCCGUACGCAAUCUUCGACCGGUGAAGAGGUACAAUGUCUCACGUGUUCGCAAACAUUCAAGGACGUGAGUGAUUUAGCGAGCCACGAGAUAAACACGGGACAUGGAAAUGGUCUGGACGGAAAGGAAAAAAGUGGUGGCGCCGGUGGCAAUCGUUGUCCUCACUGCAACAAAGUAUUCGUGCGUCUGACGAAUCUUCAAGUUCAUUUGGACUGUGCGCACAAGGAUCUUCGAGAUCAUACGAGUAUGCAGCAGCAUCAGCAGCACCACCACCACCACCAACAGAAUCCACCUCCUUUGGAACCUUCUUCCGAAGCGGAAGCUCUGAGCCACGUUGCGAGCGGAAUAGCCGCGUCUCUCGGCGUCGGUUGCGACUCGAUCACGACCGAACACCACGAGAUAGUCACCGAUGAAAACUCCUUCCCAAUUUGCAACACCGAUGCUAUACAUCUGAACAAUAUCGUCCAGGAUGGGACUUACAACGGGCACGAGCUUGUCGAGGGACAACAAAUGAUUAUGCUGAUCGACGGUGAAACUUAUCAGACGGCACAUAUGGAACAACAACAACAUCACGUUGAACAGCAGCAGCAAGUGCAACAGCAUCAACAAGAAGGUGAACAAGAGGAAGACGAACAGCACCAACAACAGCAUCAGACCCAAGCUCAUCAGCUGGAAAUAACCGGUGAUGAACAAAUAGUUAUGCAAGGUACCGAGGAAGGUAUGAUUGUGUACAUACAUAAUACCGAGGGUGGAACGAGCGAACGUCAGACUUACGAGACUUAUCAAAGUGUCGAAAUAGCCGCCGAACAAGAGAACGAGGAAAUCGUCGAGGAGGUCGAGGAAGUCGUCGAAGAAGUCGAGGAAGAGGUCGUGGAGGAGGAUCAUCUGGAUGAGGAUGAAUCGAUGAUCGUAAGUGAACAAGAGAUGAUCGAUACGACCAACGGAGAAGAGCAAGAGAUCGAACAGGUCAUUCAGUACGUCGAGGAAGAAACUGAAAUAGUCGAAUACGACGAGGGCAAUAGUCGCCAGAGUAACGGUGCCGGUGGCGAGGGCACCGGAGACGCGAGUCAACAGGACUCCAUGAUGAUUAUCGAGGAAGAACAAAUCGAUGAUCGAACGAUCGACCACUCCGCCGCCGCUCCCCCCCAUCAAGCACGCGCGAAACUUGUUCAGCAAACCGACGGCAGUCAUCUGGCCGACGAAUGGGACGACGAUAGCGCCGAUGUUGCAGAAUCGUGAAAACUUUUUUUCUUUCCAAACUCGAACUACUCUUAAUUCCUCCGUUUUUUUUCUCACGCUCCGCCAACGCCUCUUCUCUUGGAAAAUGCUCAUGACAAUUAUAUCCGGAAACAAACUCUUUCGACAAUCUCUUUUGCGUACCAACAACAGUCAAAUACUUUAUUCGAUCACGAGUUUUUCGUACUCGAUGAUACAUUGCUUUCCAAUAAUCAUAUUUCAAUAAUAACGAGACUAUUUAUUUUUUUUUGUCCUGUAAGAUGAACCUGCUAAAUAUUCCGAAUCAACGAGAUCGUUUACGCUAAUUGUUUUCGUGUAGAGUUUGUUUUUUCUUUCUACGUAAUUUCACGUUAUUCACCGCCUCUUGAACGAAGCAUUUUAUAUGGAAUUUAUAUCACGGUAGACCAUUAGGCUGCUGCUACUGCUGCGUCGUCUCUUUGUCGGACGACGAAAGAAAAUUCGUUACGUUCGAUUACCGAUUUUACGUUCGGACAAUUUUUUAAUCAUUUUUACUAAGAGCAACGAUCGAUCGGUGUCUCCUCGGUCCAUUUUCGCUAUCAACUUGUGUCAGCUGAGCGAGCUUUUCUGUAAUCGGUUAAGCCACGUCGAAAAAUUUCAAUUUUUAUCAUUCGAGGUGAGCUCAGCUGACUUCAAAUAAUUUUAGGAAAAUUCAAAGGAUUUACCGGGACUUCACCCUUCCGGUGAUUUCCGAGCACGACUUGAAACCCGAUCGAAUAAAGUGUUACUUUUCUCAGGAAAAAUAUAAGCCUUAACCAAUAGUAACUAGAUUUUUUGGCGAAAGAGAGCGAACGGCUUUCGCCUGAGCUGUGACUGGUCUAAUUAUGGUAACGAGAUCCUUACCGUAUGUUUCUGUAGAUUGAAAUCUGAAAGGGAAAUAUGAGUUAAGGUCUCGUUGAGAAUAUUCAAUGCAACGGAGUCGAAAUGACUUGACCAGAUUUCUAGUUCUCUUUCGUGGAAAGCUGGAAGUUGAAUUGUCAAAAACUCGUUGUAAUUUGAACACGUUCGCGUGACAUCGCGAUCAUGAAUUUUUCAAUAUCAACGUUGGUACGAAUCGUUGACUCAACCUUGAUGAGAAAACGUUAUUAUUUUUGGUACCGGGACGUUAAAGACCCGUUAAUCAGACCGAAGUGAAGAAGCAGUGAAAGUAGCUGUGUGUUUUGACAGUUUUACUUUUACGCUGAGAAGAUGAGAGGCAGCCUCGGUGGUGGUGGUGGUAUUCGACGAAAAAACUGCACUGCAUCUCGUUUUCUGUGCACCAUAUCUGAAGAUAACGACUACUAAAAGUGUUGAAGAAAAGAUAAAUGUCAAGUCGAUUAAGGUGUUGACUGUAAGCAAUGUUUCCUGGUGAUCCAUUCGACAAAUUUUUUUCAUUCUACGAGGAUGGAAAAACUUGACGACUCUUGUUCGCCUCAAUAAAUUCACCGUUUAAAUGUCACAUAACAACGAGACAGUUUUCUCGUGGAUACUUUUGCAAAUGAGCAGUACGCAGCAGCAGCAGGAACGUUUACAUCGCGGAAGAAUAAAAAUUUGAGAAAAAAUGUAAUUUACCCAGGAUUAUGUACGAUCAAUUGUGUUUGUUUUUUUUUGUUUCUUUUAUAUUUUUUAUUUGUACCGAAGCGUGCGCGCAACAGGACCUUGAGUAUCGAAGCGAAAUUCGACAAUUACUUGUAAAGCGUAUACAAAAGCUAUUAGAUUAUUGAGUUUUCCAUUCAUCACAAUAUAGCUCGUUUCCAAAUUAUUCGCAACGACUCAUUGGUCGCCUUGUGCUCGCUCAUAUUGAAAAUGAAUAAAACACCAGAUUCGUUAAAAAUCA